AUGCUGGGACAGAUAAUCGAGCAACUCGACCGACGACUACGCCGAGCAGUCCUCAUAAUUCCAAUUUGGCAGAAGGCCAUUUGGUGGCCUCACAUCAUUCGACAUGGCAAAGACCUGACUAUCCUAGAGCCGGGCGCGGUGCAUUACCCAGUAUCGGUAGCCAACGAACUCAAAAG